AUGGCUGGGCUCGCGUCGAUCCCAGAAGCCAUUAAAACGCAUCCUUCCAAUUUUAAUGAUUUGCCGACUGAGCCUGGGACGGAGCAACAUGGUCUUAAAACGAAGCACAGGAUAUUCCCUGUGGCAAAGCGGCAUACACGAGUCCGACAUUCAGUCCGUUUAACAAAUCCUCGCUCAAGUUGGUAUGACCAACCCAACGAAAGCAGUUUUGAUGCCGCGGGUACCACUACUACAACUGAAGCUGCGCAAAGCAGUGUUGGGGCACAGACGACGCAUGCAGCUUCCACUGACGAAUAUUCCGAUUGUAUAUCCAGUGACAUCACAAGGGCUCAGAUAGAUUUGCCUCCAAUACUGGAUAACUUUCCCCGCCCCCCGCGUUCUGGUAUGGAGAACAGGGAUCAUAAUUAUUACGAGGAUAGCGAGAAAAAGUCGAGUACUAGCAGGCCUUCAACGGCUUCUAUUGCGUAUAGGACAACGACACGGUAUACAGACAAAAGACAGGUGCCCGGAGAUAAUACAAAAUCGAACAAAAUCAAGUAUACUUUCUAUGACGGUGCGAAUGACCAUCAGCUGUGCCAAAAAGAUGCCCAGGGAAGUACCGUGGAUAUGGAGCUUGUGAAUGCUAUCUCCCGCAAUAUUCUGCAGCAGCUCCAAUACGCUUCUUGCGUCAAGCCUGGAAGAUCGAUCGGAACUAGCCAGCGGCCCAAGUCCAAUAAUGGACGGGGUCGCAAUACUUGUUCGAACCUACCUCAUCAGCACGAUCAUCUUCGUCGACUUGGGAAAGAUGCGAAAAUGCGAACGGAAAGAUCAAUGGGCAAUAUGCCUUAUCUCAAAGCAUCACCACCAGGUGCUAAGUCAACAUCAACAGUCAAAACAAUCUCAGCCUUGCUGCCGUAUCGAUCAGAAUUCCGACAGGCUGGGCUAGCCGUAACAUCAAAGGACCAAACGAGGAGAAUUCCGAGCUAUAUUACCAAGGCUGUUGCCGCUCGAAGAGACAAGGUAACAGCUGCCUCUACAUCAGCGCGAGAUGCAACACGAAGAAGAGUGCAGCUGGAUGGCCAUCGUGAUACGGAAGAGAGCGAUAGCCCGCAAACUGAAAUAUCAUUUGCUAGCCCUCGUGACAUGGAUGAAUGGCGCUAUGCCUUGGUAGAUGAAUUGCCAGAAAAAUCAGCAAAAAAGCAAAAGCCAACGGGUAAUAAGAAGAAAAAGAAAGGUUGCCUACCCUGCUUUACACGGAAGAGUGAUAUUUCCACAGACACUGACUGGACGCGGUUUGCUCAACCCAAAGCUCCGCUACCGUCAAAUCUUCGCCUGGGAAUCGGUCCUCCUCCUCAGAUACCUCCGCCGCCAGUACCGCGGCGUCCCCCAAGACCGUCGCUAGGAUUGUUUGAUAACCCUUCCCCGAGCAAGCCAACGCAGACUAUAAGCCAGAGCCAUCCGAGUAAGCUUACUAGUCGCGCAAUUAGCCCCAAAAUGGUUCCCCCGACGCAGCCGCAUGAGGCAAAGUCGAACCCCCCGGUUGGCUCUACUUCAAUUCCUGAUGCAGUCACGUCUCAGCAGUUUAAGAGAAAGUUUCACAGCACGUCCGCAAUGAACCAGAAGGAUCCGAAGGGCUCAUUAGGAACAAGAGAUGAUAAAUUGCCGGCUAUCAGCCAGCCAGAUCGCAAACGCGACAAGGGUUACCCGACUGAUUCGGCCCUUCAGUUCGAUCCAGAUCAUAUUGGUAUAUGUUGUAGAAGCAAUCGUGGCAUUCCAUCAAGAGCCAAUGCGAAGCCGAAUAUUCCAAGACGCACGUCAUCGAUUUCCCGACUCUUGGCUUCUGCUCGCCUGGACUAUGAUGACCACGAAAUCACGGAUCGCGAUGUGCUUCGAGGCCUCCAUAUUGCAGCAUCCGCGGCUUGUGACGAAGAGGUAGAUGCUUAUGUUCGGAAUAAAACUGGUCUGCGGAUUCGGCGGUUCCUUGCCGAUCUGAUUGCCUUGGAAACUCUUGGUGAGCGUCGCCCAGACGAAGACAAUGAACAAUGGGCGAGGAGGCGUCGAGCAGAAACGAGGAAGCUCAAGCAACAGCUUCGCAGAUCACGAGAAAUAAAUACAGCCCAUCUCUGA